AUGGAGUCGGACACCCGAGAACCUAGGCGAGGGACCGCUGGCCAAGGUCGGACAGUGAGUGGGGAAAAGAGUCCCGCAGGCUCCGUAAAACGUGCUCGGGAAAGAGCAGCAGCAGGCCUGCCGCCAGAGCGCCCCCAGAUGCCGCCAUAUCCUACGCCGCUCUCUGUCAAGACCUCACCAAGAAGAUCUCCACAACAGGGCACCAGCCCGACGGACCGUGCUCGAUACCCACAAUACCCAACCCACGGGAGUAGACAGGGCCAGAGCUUUUCGAGCAACGUACCUUUGGCCUCCAGCCGUCCUAGAAAAGGCCCUGCGAGUCCUGUGUCUCCACAAGAAUACACACAAACCAGUUCAACACAGGAGCGGAACGUAGGUCGGGGUCCACCACCGCAGAGACCACCAAGACCAAAUUUCGUGCCACCAAUGCCUCAAUCUUCUGGCUAUAGAGAUAACCAACCUCCACCACUUCAAUAUCGAAAACCUCAACCCCAAGAACAACCGCUGCGAAACUACUGGGAGGAUAGUUACCUGGAUUCUAGUAGCUCGAGUCGGCCACUCACAACCUCAACGACGUCAACGGGAACCGGUUCCUCCACCGGCAGCAUUCCUGAUUUCCCUUCUAUACCGGCGAUGCCAUCAAUGCUACCGAUGCCUACUUACCAACCUCCUCCCAGGCGAAACCUCGGACCCCCGCCUUCGGCACGAAAAGGUGGCUCAUCAUAUUACUCGCAGACGUCCUUUGUAACACCCAUACAGGAAGAACUGUCGGAUACCCAUAGCUCGUACGCUUCAAGUACUGUCAUGCCAGUGAGUUGGAGUGACGGUCCGCCUGAAUAUUACAUGGGCGCCGGCAUUGAUGAAGAGGAGGAAGAAGAUGCACCCGAAGGCAAUAGCGGCCGUGGUUCGAGCGCAGGUGAUCAUGAUGAUGCGAGUGGCCUGGUGAGGAAAGGUGGAAAUCCACGAAUAACGUCUCUGGACACAGUGGAAAGUGGAGAUGAAUCGGACAGAGGGUCACGCGGCAUGCAAGAGCUAGAUUGGCAGGCUAGACAGGAUGAACGGUGGCGGCCUGGUUUCGCCGGUACUGCUGAUACAGACCCCAUCGGACGACAUAACUUCAGGGGCAAUGCGAGGCUACACCCGUAUUCUGGAUAUGAGAGCGAUGCAACCUUUUUAGAUUCGCCGACUGGCGAAUCUCCUAUGCCUCGAGCCCUCAAGACAAACAACUUGCCAACCAGCAAUGCCUAUUUUGGGACACCAUCCUCGACAGGUUCGCCCGUCGAUCCCACAGUAGACCAGAUACUGGGUCACCUUGAAAAAGGUGGCGCUCUCGCUCCCAGCGGGACGGCUUCCCCCUCAACAGCGGCAUCAAUGACGGGGAAAGGGACCAAACGCCCACCAAACUUAAACCUGAAAGCUACAAAAGAAGGCAGAGACAGUGCAACGAGUCUUCCGGAGCUCAUCAGGCGAGCAACAAAAUUGGCCUCGAACCUUGAUCGAGGCAAGACAGCAAGUCGACUAGGCAUGCUGGAUAUGUUGAAUGCGAAGGAGAAGGAGUCAAGAGAAAGGGCAGGCAAGGGCUCCCGCACUAGCUCGAUAUCAGACAUCCUAGCAACGUUUCCAUCACCGUCUCCUACAACGCCCACCGGCCAGCGACCUUCCGGUUGGCCAACCCCAUCGCCACAUGGCAAGUCCAAUCUUUCGAGAGCUCAGACGGUCAAUUAUGGCUCCUCGACUGGUCACAGAAGGCUCACGUGCAACACGCCCGGUGAUAGCAGCUGUACAACCAGUGAUGUCCCCGUUACCGGUACUACUGGGGCCUAUAAGAAUUCAACCCUCGGCAGCAGUAUACCUCGUCUUCUCACGGCGGCAGAGUCCAACUAUAGCAUCCCAAUCACCUCAUAUACACUUCUCUCCCUUUUCAGCGCCAGCAACCUCUCAUGCUCUUCAGAGAACGCUCUCGUCACCUUCAACUCACAGUCACAGCGCAGAGAUCUUGAUCUUCCGCUCCUCUCUUCUGAAUCUCAUUUUCAUCAUCGUCCUAGAAUUCUAGACUUGGAGGAGGUCGUUGCACUGCCUACAAGGACCCAUCACCAUCCCUCGCACAUUCUCGAAGCCCGCGGUGCUGCUCAGACCUCCGAAAACAUCGUCUUCGCCGCUCCCACUGGGGACGUUCCCCCAGCAGCAGCAUCUUCGGUGCCGGCCUCCACUACCGACGAAAAAACGGUUACCUCAACUGUGCUAGACUUCGCUCGCACGGCCGUCCUCUUCAUCUUUCAAGAGACCUCAUCGCUUGACAUCACCACUACCGCGUUGGACAAAUUACAUGCUACGUUAUCCAACGGGAAAACUUUUGAUGCGAGCGACACCAGCGCCGGUGGGAACAUCACCGUGGAUCUUUCGGCCUUGACCGUCGGCUUCGGGAACGGGACUCUAUAUGGAGGGAAAGGUACUGGAGCGAAGCGUUGA